AUGAAGUACUCUGUUCUUUUAGGUGCCCUUGCCCUGAGCCUGGUGUCGGCGCUCGCGGAAGACGACGACAGCAAUGUCGUCACCACCACCGUCUACGGCACAACCACCAAUACCCACAAGUACGGCCGUUUCGACAAGACAAAGGCGUCCUCCGAGGAGACCUCCAGUGGAACACACAAGUACGGUAGGUUCGACAAAACAAAGGCCUCUGAGGAGUCGUCGUCCACAGGCACCCAUAAAUACGGCCGGUUCGACAAGACCAGGGCUUCCGAGGAGUCCACAUCGACCGGUACCCACAAGUACGGAAGAUUCGACAAGACCCAGGCCUCCGAGGAGUCUACGUCUACCGGCACGCACAAGUACGGCAGAUUCGACAAGACGAAGGCGUCGGAAGAGUCGUCCUCCACCGGAACCCACAAGUACGGCCGGUUCGACAAGACAAAGGCUAGAACCACCACCACUGUUUACAUUGCCGAGUCGAGCGCUGCUGCCGAGCAGAGACAGCAGGUUUUGACCGGCUCCAACUCGACCUCCAACUCGACCUCCAGCGCAGUGAGCUCCUCCAGCGCAGGGGCUGCGCACGCUUACGGGCUGUCCAUGGGCAUGGUUGUCCUUGGAGCUGCUGCCCGACAGGAAAAACGUGUAGCGGAUGCAGUCCAUCAUCGCCUUCUUGAUGAGCGUUUGUGCGCCGGCGUCCAGCGUGUGCAGCAGCUGCGAGUUCGACACCACGAGCUCCAGGUUCACGCCCGGGAGCAGUGGCUGGAGGUGGCUGAACUUCUUCCUCAGUGUGGCGGUGUAGAUGGCCUCGCCGAGCUGCGAAAAAAGAGCCGUGGCCACGCUCCGGCCAAAGUAGAUGUACGUCAUCGCCAGGAUCGUGCUGCCGGGGGUUUUAGGACAGCACAGCUGGACGCUCAUCAUGGGCGCCUGGAACGUGAUGCCGACGCCGAGGCCGUACAGCACCUGCAGGCCGUAUCUUUUCGACGGAGCCGAGUCUGCCUCGAGCAGUGUGAGGAUGCCGACGCCGAUCGACGCAAACGUCGUGCCAAUUAG